AUGAAGUUCUCAGUACUAGUUACUACCCAGCUAUUACUCCUUGGCGCGCGACACGUCCUCGCGAACGUAUCCGCCAACGUGCUUAAAGCCGUCAGCGAUGACGAUGACGAUAACGAAUACAUCGCGUCAAUGUGCGCUCCCGCCCAAGCCCCCGACCAGUCGGACCCGGCACCGUGCGUCGCGAUCCAGAACAUCGAGACGGCAUGUCUACCUAACGGGACGUCUCCCCUCGCUCUCGAGGCGCACGCGCAAUGUCUCUGCGGCGGCAGCUACUUCGCCGAGUGGCUCGGAUGCCGCCGAUGUCUAUUAGAGCACGGCGCGCUAUCGCCGCGCAACUUCAGCUACUUUUCCGACGUGCUAUCUAGCGCCAGCGAGAAACUGUGCGAGGGCACGCCGACGGCGGCUUUCGCGACUCUGUUUACUGACGCGCAGGCCGGCAUUCCGGAACCUACGACGGGAAAUACGGCGUUCAGCGAUGUUAAGAGCGGCGAUGCGGCUGUGAGCUUGUACUACACGGCCAGUGGUCUCCAAGGCCCAGGUCCUAUUACGGGGAGCGCAACGGCGGCUACUGUGCACACCUCGGAUUCGAGUUCUUCGGAGGCGACCGCAACAGGUGGGGUAUCUCAGAGCGGAGGAGUUAGAUCAACUACCAAUGCGCCAUCAGCGACAUCUUCAAGCUCUAGUAAUAUUGCGGUUCCGACGGGGGCGCCCGUGAACGGAAAGGGUGCCAUCUUUGCUGCUGCGGUAGGCGGUGCGCUAGUGGCUGUCUUAUAA